AUGACUAGUUCAUUCAUAUAUGGCAUCGCUGCAGGAAUAGCACUAACAUUUAUCACAUUAUUGGCUAUGUACAAUGGAUGCUACUAUUUCUCAUCGUCUGCAUUUUAUUCUAAUAAUAACAUAUUCCGUCGAACCUCACAUAUACGCCACAUUCGCAAUAUUUCAUAUGAAGGCUAUCAAUUUUUCGUAUUUUCUGAUGAAUCUCCUAUGGUUCGUGCAAAUGUUGAUGUCGUUCGGGAUACUGUCUGUGGCUUAGCUCUUCGCACACAAGAAUGUGCCUAUGUUGAUAAUAAAACGUGCCCAAUGGAUAUCAAUCAACGCAUAAAAGGUUUAGAUUGGCCAUUAACUGGUAUUACGAUGGUUGGACAGAGACGAUUGAUAAAUAUCGAAUGGGCUAUCAGAUUCGUUAUUGCCAACGGUGUCAAGGGUGACUAUAUUGAAUGUGGUGUUUGGAGAGGUGGAAGUUCGAUAUUCGCUCGCGCUGUACUAAAGGCUUUGAAUAAUAAUGACCGACAUGUGUGGUUAGCUGAUUCAUUUCAAGGACUACCAAAAGCGAGAACACCGCAUGAUACUGAUAUUUGGUCGAAAAUGGAAUAUUUAAAGGUAUCACUUGAAGAAGUUCAAACAAAUUUUCGGUCAUUUAAUUUACUCGACGAUCGUGUACAUUUUUGUAAAGGAUAUAUCGUUGAUUCGCUUCCACGCUGUAAUGUUUCUCGAUUAGCUGUUCUUCGAAUGGAUGGUGACAUGUACGAAUCGACUAUGGAUCAACUAUUUAAUUUAUAUUCAAAACUACAAGUGGGUGGUGUUAUUAUCAUCGACGAUUAUUCAAUUGAAGAAUGCUUUCGUGCUAUAGUCGAUUUUCGAAACUGGCAUAAUAUAACAGAAGAAAUUCUAUCUAUUCCAGGUGAUGAAACAGGGCGGUGUUGGAUAAAAAGAAAAGCUGUUCAAUUACAAAAAGAUCAAUAUGCACGACUAGUACCAAAGACAAAGAGCUGA